GCAGUACUACUACAAGUGCCAUACUCUUUUUAAGCAUUAAAAUUGUGGGUAGUAUCAGCCGUUUUCCAUGGAUGGUUCACACAGCGGAAGUUUUGAAAAAACAGAUUCACAAGAUAAAGACACAGAAGUCAUGGAUCGUGACAUUUCAAAACUGUUAGGGAGGCGAAAGGCGGGUGUGAAUAUUAUAGACAGACAGAGAUCAUGUGAACUAAGAAUAGAGAACACUCAUCGCCCGGUGGACAAUCUUGACAAUGCACUGUCUCCACUGAAUGGAUCAGUUACUAAUGCCCCAGUAACACCGGCGUCGGAUCCACAUACAAUCAUAGUUGAAGGUUGGGAGGCUCUGAAGCGUUCCUUAGUAUAUUUUCGUGGUCAACCGGUUGGGACAAUCGCUGCCUUGGAUAAUUCAAAAGAGAAUCUAAAUUAUAAUCAGGUGUUUGUAAGAGACUUUGUUCCAAGUGCGCUGGCUUUUCUGAUGAAGGGGGAACCUGACAUUGUUAAAAACUUUAUCUUGAAGACUCUUCGCCUUCAGUCGUGGGAGAAAAGAGUUGAUAGAUUCCAGCUAGGAGCAGGAGUGAUGCCUGCUAGUUUCAAAGUAUUGCAUGAACCGGUCCGAAAACAUGAACCAGUCCGAAGGGCUGAGACCUUGAUAGCAGAUUUUGGUGAAAGUGCAAUAGGAAGGGUUGCUCCAGUAGAUUCAGGAUUUUGGUGGAUCAUACUGCUUCGUGCAUAUACAAAAUCUACCGGAGACACAUCCUUGGCUGAACUCCCAGAAUGUCAGAAGGGCAUGCGACUGAUUCUCAGUUUAUGCCUUUCAGAGGGGUUUGACACGUUCCCAACUCUUUUAUGUGCUGAUGGAUGCUGUAUGAUUGAUCGUAGAAUGGGUGUUUAUGGGUAUCCCAUUGAGAUUCAAGCACUUUUCUUCAUGGCUUUAAGAUGUGCCUUGCAAUUGCUUAAGCAAGAUGACGAGGGAAAGGAUUUUGUGGGAAGAAUUGUCACACGGUUAAAUGCCUUAACCUAUCAUUUGAGAAGCUACUAUUGGUUGGAUUUGAAGCAGCUAAAUGAUAUAUAUCGCUACAAAACAGAGGAAUACUCACAUACUGCAGUAAACAAGUUUAAUGUUAUCCCUGAUUCUCUUCCAGAUUGGAUUUUUGAUUUCAUGCCUGAUCACGGUGGCUACUUCAUAGGAAAUGUCAGUCCUGCUAGGAUGGAUUUCCGGUGGUUUUGUCUGGGUAAUUGCAUGGCAAUUUUAUCGUCCCUAGCUACUCAUGAGCAAUCCAUUGCAAUCAUGGACCUCAUAGAAUCACGGUGGCAGGAAUUAAUCGGGGAGAUGCCAGUAAAAGUUUGUUAUCCAGCUUUAGAAAGCGAUGAGUGGCGUAUUAUAACGGGAUGUGACCCCAAAAAUACCAGAUGGAGUUACCACAAUGGGGGUUCUUGGCCAGUUCUUUUAUGGCUUCUCACGGCGGCCAGCAUCAAGAUUGGACGGCCCCAUAUUGCAAAGCGAGCCCUUGAGACUGCUGAGACCAAAUUGUUGAAUGAUAACUGGCCAGAAUACUAUGAUGGAAAGCUCGGCAGAUACGUAGGGAAGCAGGCACGUAAAUGCCAAACCUGGUCCAUUGCCGGUUACUUGGUUGCUAGGAUGAUGCUGGAUGAUCCAUCCCUUGUAGGCAUGGUAUCAUUUGAGGAAGACAAACAUCUGAAGCCUAUACUCAAAAGGUCUAAUUCAUGUUAGCUGUUGAUUUUGUUGUCAUGGAAAAGAGCGGGACAGUGGAGUUAGGAAGGUGGAGGACUAACACAAACCCGCUUCUUCGUUACAUUUGUCAUUUCACAAGUUUAAACAUUACGUCUCCAACAAUAUUGCUCCAAGUUUUUGCGCCAGAUUAGGAAAUACAGAGUCACAUGUAAGUGAAGCUUCAUAUGGAUGUUUGAUGCUUCAAGCCCAUAAAGCUUCAGAGCAAUUCUUCGAACAUUUGUUAUUAAACGUCAAUUACUUUUUAA